GCAUUGCUUUAUACCUUUUUUCUGCUUUGUUUGAUGGAGGGUUGGUGUGCGAAAUCCUUGAUAACUCCGUGUAUCGAUCUUUUUCUUUUCAAAGCCUCGCUUUGCAGCAAUGCGGUCGAAGCGAGUUGGUGCGGCAGUGACGCCGCUGUCGCUCGUCGUGGCGUUGCUGCUUGCUCUCACCCUCUGCUCCAGCGCUGCGCACGGCUGGUGGAGCAGCGAAGAUGCCAAAGCGGUGGCGCAGCGCAGCAAGGACGAUCAAAUCAACUUCUGGGAGAAGGAGGUGCAGUCGCUGCGCCGCGGUGAGAUGCAGAAGGCGUACGAAAGAAUGUAUGAAAAACAGAGAGCUGUCGAGGUGGCACGAAAGAAGGAGGGCUUCUUCUUCACAAAAGCGGAAGACAAGGCGACUAUCCGACUUCUAGACGAGGACUACCGUAGGAGUCUUAUUGAGGUGAACCAAUUAAAGGAGCAGGAGCGCCUGAUGCUAGCCAAGCUGAAGCCUCUCUACGGUGUCGUCUCAUAUCAGUUCGCUCAAGAGCAGCGGCAGACCAUCGCGGACUCCAUCAAGUACGUCCAGACAGCUAGCUACGACAACGCGUGGUACUCCUCGUUGUUUAACCUGGGCCAGGCGGAGAGUAUCUCGGACGUCGUGGUCGGCUUCCUGCAGCAGUGGCUGAUUGGGUUUGUGUGCCUCUAUCCAUUCGCCGUGCUUUAUUACGCGCUGUGGGCCGCACCGUGGAGCGUGUACUCCUACAGUUCCGGCAUCGCCGACCUCGUGCCUGCCGUAGUGGCCUACGCCGUCUCUGUGUUUGUGAUGUGCCUUCCUCUUAUUGUGCUGGCUGUGGCUUUUUAUGCGGUGGUGCGCGCGUACCUUCCGAAGCUGCGAGAGGCUGCUCGUCGUGCGGAGGCCCAACAGCACGCCCAUUACGACUAGAGAGAGAAAAAAAGGUGUUCGAGGGGAGUGGGGCUUCCGCGUAACAUCCGUGACUGUGCUGCCGUGGAAUCGUUGCCGCACUGUGUUGUCUCUCGACGGAGAGCACCAACAACCAAAAAAUGAGAAGAGAAAGGAAAAUAAGGCGCGGCAGAAGGACCGAUCGUUGGCGUGCGCUGCGUUGUUUCAUCACUACCGCUACCUCCGUCUGCAAGAAAGGCGGUCGCUGAUACUCUUCGCUGUUGCCACCCUCGUUGUGAGUGCGUUGCCAACAAUUGUCACGCAUAGGCAUUUACUUACUUGCGCUGCGCAUGCCUUAACACCUAUUAUUAUUGUUAUUACUGAUGAUGAUGCAAGU